AUGGCCAUCGGAGAACUCUUUCUCUCUGCGUUCAUUAAGGUGUUGUUUGAAAGACUGGCGUCCCGUGAGUUGCUCAACUUUGCAAGUCAAGAAGGGGUUGGUUCAAAGCUUAAGAUUUGGGAAGAAAGAUUGGUGAUGAUACAGGCUAGGGGUAUUCGGUUCUGGGCUGUCCUCAGAGAUGCAAAGGAGAAGCAAUUGACAGAUAGGGCUGUGAAAUUGUGGCUUGACAAUCUCCAAGACCUGGCUUAUGAUAUUGAUGACAUUGUGGAUGAGUUCGCUACCGAAGCUUUACGGCGAGAAUUGAUGGCAAAGAAUCAGCCCGGCACCAGCAAGGUAAGGAACCUCAUCCCAAGUUUUUUUACUGGUUUGAGAUUCAAUAGGAGUUUGGAUUCCAGGAUAAAAAUUUUUACUAACCGGCUGGAAGAACUCUGUAAACAAAGAAAUGAACUUGGAUUGCUUCCAAUUCCUGGAAGGCCAUCAAGCGCGGCUGCACAGCAAAGGCCACUUUCUACAAGUGUGCCAACAGAGCCUGUUGUUUAUGGGAGAGAUGAAGAUAAAGCUAGGAUACUUGGAAUGUUAUUGGGAGAUGAACCAAGUUAUGCCAACUUUUGUGUGAUACCAAUUGUUGGAAUGGCAGGAGUUGGGAAAACAACUCUUGCUUGGAUUGUGUACAACGACGAGGCAGUUGAAGCUGUCAAGCCAAGGUCUUGGGUUUGUGUUUCGGAUGAUUUUGAUGUUUUUAGAAUUUCAAAAGCCCUUCUUGAGUCAAUCAUGUCCUUGCCCUGUAGUUUGAAUGAUUUGAAUGACGUGCAGGUUCAAUUGAAAAACGCCCUUGAUGGAAAGAAGUUUUUGCUAGUUUUGGAUGAUGUUUGGAAUAAAAAUUAUGGUUUGUGGCAACUUUUGAUGUCUCCAUUCAUGUCUGGUGCCCCAGGGAGUAAGAUAAUUGUCAGAACCCGCAAUACAGAUGUUGCAUUAACAGUAGGGUCGGUUAAAUGUUAUGAAUUAAAAGGAAUAUCAAAUAAGGAUUGUUGGUCUGUGUUUGUAAAACAUGCAUUUCAGAGAAGAGAGAUUGAUGUCCAUGACAUGCCAAAAUUGAUUCGUAAGAAAGUUGUUGAAAAGUGCCGAGGUUUGCCCUUGGCCGCAAGGACUCUUGGUAGCCUUUUACGCUCUAAGCAAAGAUAUGAUACGUGGGAAGAUAUAUUGAAUAGUAACAUAUGGGAUUUACUAGAAGAAAGUGGCAUUCUCCCUUUAUUAAGAUUAAGUUACCACCAUCUUCCUUCGUAUCUAAAAAGAUGUUUUAUUUAUUAUGUGAUUUUUCCCAAGGAUUACGAAUUUGAGGAGAAGGAACUUGUUCUUUUAUGGAUGGCAGAAAGAGUGAUUCAACAAGUAGCAAGCAGUAAUAGGCAAAUGGAAGAUUUGGGUAGUCAAUAUUUUCACGAUUUAUUAUCAAGGUCAAUUUUCCAACAAUCAAGUAAUAAUAGUUCUAAAUUUGUAAUGCACGACCUUAUCCAUGAUAUGGCUCAAUUAGUUUCCGGAGAAACAAUUUUUAGGUUGGAGGAGUCUAGAAAUCAUUCAAAGGGAUUCAAAAGGGCUCGUCAUUCUUCUUACCGUUGUGGUUUUUAUGAUGGUAAAAAUAAAUUUGAGGUCUUUCAUGAAUUUGAGUGUCUAAGAACAUUCUUGCCGUUGCUUAUGAAUGGUUAUAUUCUUUCUGAUCGUCCUCUUCACAUAACCAAUACUGUUAUUAUUGAGUUGUUACCAAAGUUCAAAAAGUUAAGAGUGCUAUCCUUAAGAGGAUAUUAUAUCACUCAAUUACCUAAUUCAAUAGGUGGUUUGAGACAUUUAAGAUUAGAGAAUGUGACCAAUUCGCUGGAGAUAGGAGAGGCCGUAUUAAGCGAUAAGAAGGAUCUGGAAGCAUUAUCUUUGCUCUGGCGGUCUCAUGAAUUUGAUAAACCACAAGAUGAGAAAUUCUUCGGUUCAAGAAUAUGCAAGAAUGGGAAUAUUGGGUCACCGUUCAAGGAAAUGAGAAUGUUGAACGAUUGUCGCUUGCGUGAGCUUUAUGUGUUAAAAUGUCCUAAACUCUGUGGAAAGUUACGUGACCAUCUGCCUUCGUUAAAGACUCUUGUUAUUAGUGAAUGUGCUGAAUUGGAAGUCUCAUUGUCAAGCUUUCCAAUACUUGACAAAUUGGAAAUAGAUGAAUGCAAAGGUGCUCUAAAAUCCUUACGUGAGGGAAUAAAACACAAAAAUGCACAUUUGGAAAGACUGCAGAUUAAAGGCUGUCAUUCUCUAACAUUCAUAGGAGGAGAUCAACUACCUUCAUCUCUAAUAGAGGUUGAUAUUAGCAAUUGCGGGAAAUUGCAAUGUUUGUUUCAUGAUGAGGAAUAUGUUUGCAAUUCUUCUUUGCCGCCUUCUUCGGCAAUGACACACAAGGAAAACGUUUGCAAAACAUCCCUUCUAAUGUUCUUGUCUAUCUCCAACUGCCCAUCUUUAAUGUGCAUAUCAUUAAGUGGACAGCUACCUUUGGCACUAAAAUACCUCCAGGUUCGGGGUUGUUCAGAGAUUGCAACCUUAUCAUCAAGAAGCUGGUUACCUGAAAAGCUGGAGUCCCUCAAAAUCGAUGGUCUACAUAAUCUUAGUCGCCUUCAGCGGAUUGAAAUACAGAAUUGUCCAAGUCUUGUUUCCUUUCCUGAAGGAGGGCUUCCCAACACCAAAUUGAUUGUUGCAAUUGAUAGUUGUGAGAAACUUGAAGCCUUGCCAAACCAUUUGUACAGCCUCAAUUCUCUUCAAGUACUAAAAAUAAAGCAAUGUCCAAGCAUUCAAUUCUUUCCUGAAGAAGGCUUUCCCACCAACCUAACUACACUUUCUAUUAAAGAUCUCAAAAUCUAUAAGGCACUGAUUGAGUGGGGAUUGCAUAAGCUCACCUCUCUUAAACACCUCCACAUUGCUGGAUGUUAUGCAAUGUUUUCCCUGAAGAGGAGAUGGGAAUGA